AUGGAAAUUAGUUGUUGUUUGUGUCUCGAAGGAACUCGAAUAAUUCUUGAGGAUGAUUCGGGUGGUGAAGAUGAAGGUAGUAAUUAUAAAUGUUGUCAGGGCGAUGUUCAUGUCAAGGUUUGCUUUGAUUUUUCAAAUUUUCUUCAUCAAAUGUUUAUUUCAGCGUGCCUGUUUCUAUGUUGCGAUUUCGGCAUUAAUUGUCUGCUUAUUUUCAACAGUUUGUAUGUUAUUUGGUGUUUAUACGGUCAAUUUAUGGCUCGAUAUUUUUUUGAUCAUCAUAAAUACGGUUGUGGCAAUUAUCAUGAUGUUUGGUUUAUACUAUGAUAAAGCAGCUUUACUAGUCCCUUUCAUAAUUUCUGAGGUAGGGCAAGUUUAUUUUUAUUUGCAAAGUAUUCAAUCAAAAAAAAAAUUUCAGAUAACUCAAUGUGUUUUAUUUUUUAUUCUUGCUAAUUAUGUGCUUUAUUAUACAAUAGUUAUUAAAAGGCAGCGAUUUUAUCAGAAAUUCGGUGAGUAUUCAACAAUAUUCUUUUUAGUUUUCCAUUUAAUUCAAAAAUUUCAAAACUUUGUUCAGAUCAAAUGCUGAUGGUGAUAUCAAUAUAUUUGGGAAUAAUAGUUUGUAUAGGUGCAAUUUGGGCGGCUACAAAAUGUUAUCAUUAUUUACGACAAAAGGCUGAAGGUUUAUAUCCGGAUACUGGAGGAAGAUGUAUGUGGGAAUAG